AUGGACUACCAUAGUCCUGAAGGUUCAACUUCUGGCAAAGUACCAAAUCCAACCGAUCUGUCUCGUCGGCUUGAAUCUACUCAACAAGAGCAGCAAACAAAGGACAAUUGGAGUGACGAUGAAAAUUCAACUGCCACUCCGUCGCGAUCCCCUAAUAACAGUAUUCCUCGUGUUGACCUUCAAACUAGUACUCAAUUGUCUCCCGUGAACCUUCAAUGCUGUUGUGGUAACGAGAAUUGUCCAAACCUUGCUGCAUUUUUAAGAAGUUUAAAAUCCAUGGAAGACCACCUAAGAUUAGCUGCUGAAAUUGGGCAAGCUCUUUUACAGCAGCAAGGUGUGUAUCAAGAAGAAAUAAAAGAGUACCAGCAAAAGAUAGAGCAUCAG